GAGUAGACUCCUGGGAACGUGUAAACCGUCAACCAGUUUUGAUUAACUUAAUUCUUAAUAAAAACAUUUCUAAAGCUGGAGAAAAAGAUAAACUUACAUACUCCAUUAAUUACGGAACAGUUUCCAAAGCUGUCUCCAAAUUUGCCGAAGAUUCUAUCUGUGAUUCUAUCGAGGCUUUAGCGGAGGGAAUAGCUAAAAUUUGCGUAAACAAAUGUCAUGCACCUCGAGUUACCGUCCGUGUGGAAAAGCCUCGCGCUUUGCUGCAUGCUGCUUCCGCAGGUGUCGAAAUAAUACGUACUAAAGAAGACUAUGAUCACGUUGAUUCAAAUUUAAAUACACAACCUAAUUAUAUUAAUAGCCAUCAAGAUUUGAUAUUUAUUAAAGAUUUGAGAUUAAGUGCGAUUAUUGGUGUCAAUCCAUGGGAAUGUGAAGAAAAGCAAACCGUGAUAUUGAAUUUAACAAUAUAUUCCAUUCCUAAUGUUAGUUCUUCACAAAAUGAUAACGUCACCAAGCCGCAUAAUUACC